UUUUUUUUUGGUCACACAGACUAGAGGUCCAUGUAGUUAAAUAACAUAAAGAUAUGAAAGACCUCCCAUGAUCAAUGUAUAAUCAACACCGAACAAAAUGGCGAUCUUCCUGAUCUUGCUCUUAUUCUUCUUGUUGCCCGCAGGGAUCGGAGCCGGAGCACGCGAACGAGAUCGCGAUCGCGACGAUGAGUGCAUGCCGAAGAGGUGCGGAGUUGAGGGCCCGGAGAUCCGGUUCCCGUUCUGGCUAAAGGAUCAUCAACCGGAACGUUGUGGCUACGGGCCUGGCUUUGCCCUAACCUGCUCUCACAAUAAGAAAACAAUGGUUGAUGUCGCUUUUUCUGCCAGGGCAGUGGUCGAACUUAUAGAUUACUACCAGCAGUACAUAUCAUACGAGUUCUCCGGUUGUGUUCCGCCACAUGAAAAAAACCAGAGCUCAAUAACAAACACCUCUCCCUUUACCCAAACCAGCAGCGGGGAUGGGUACCACGUAUUCAGUUGUCCCAACCAACUAGCGGUACCAAUUUCCUCCAUCCUACUGGAGGAUUAUUAUUAUUAUUAUCAACAAAGCUAUGUUCCACUCCCAUGCGUUAGCCGUCCAGGUCACAAUCUCUACUUGCUGUAUUCGGAUUUUAGGAUCAGUCAAACACUGCUGAAUUGCACAAAGAUGUAUGGCCUUCAAUCAGAUCCAAUGCCGUACAGGACAUCCUGGUCCCAGCCACACUGUUGGAUCUGUGAAGUAAGAGGCAAGUAUUGCAGAUUGAUCAGUAGUAGCAAUAACAGCAACAAGCAUGAAACUGAGUGCUUUGACAUCCCGAAGCAGCCACCUAGAGGUGAAGCACCAAAAAAAGAAACGAAAAACCCACUUGCUAAAGGUCUGAUCCCACCUGGCCUUUUUCUUCUUGGUGUACUUGUCAUAGCUACAUACUUCAUCCGCAGAUCAAAAAAUAGGAGUAUCAAGAAAGAGGAUCAAGUAAAGGUUGAAAGAUUCUUAGAAAACUACAGGGUUCUCAAGCCUACAAGAUACACAUAUGCUGAGAUUAAGAAAAUUACUCGUAAUUUCAAGGACAAAUUAGGCCAAGGAGGUUAUGGAACGGUUUACAAGGGGGAGUUUUCCGAUGGUGUUCCCAUUGCAGCCAAGAUCCUCAACAACUUCACAGGAAAUGGCGACGACUUCAUCAACGAAGUGGGAACGAUCGGUACGAUCCACCACAUCAAUGUGGUUCGAUUGGUCGGAUAUUGUGCUGAUGGGUAUGAAAAAGCUCUUGUUUACGAGUACUUGCCGAAUGAUUCUCUCGAGAAGUACAUAUCAUCUCAUCGUUACAGAUGUUUACUUGGUUGGGAGAAGCUUCAAGAUAUUGCUAUUGGAAUAGCCAAAGGAAUUGAAUAUCUUCACCAGGGGUGUGAUCAAACAAUCCUCCACUUUGAUAUUAAGCCUCAUAACAUCUUGUUGGACAAAAAAUUAAUUCCAAAAAUCUCUGAUUUUGGGCUAGCCAAGUUAUGCUCAAAAGAACAAAGCUUUGUGUCCAUGACAGCUACUAGGGGGACCGUGGGUUAUAUUGCUCCAGAAGUGUUCUCCAGGAAUUUCGGCCGUGUGUCUCACAAAUCAGAUGUCUACAGCUUUGGAAUGUUGUUGCUUGAAAUAGUGGGAGGUAGGAACAAGAAUGUCGAUGAUCAUACAGAAGAAAAUAGCGAUGAAGCUUACUUUCCUGAAUGGAUUUACAAACGUUUAAAUCACGAAGCAGCAAAGGACAAUGGAGUUGAGGUUGGAAGAGAUGCCAAGAUUAUUAAGAAGCUGACAAUUGUAGGACUUUGGUGCAUUCAAUGGUGCCCAGGGGGCAGGCCCUCAAUGGAAGCUGUAGUUCAAAUGCUUGAAGGUAAUGGAAAGGCUUUGGCCAUGCCCCCUAAUCCCUUUUCCACCACCAAUCCAUCAGUUACAAGGGGGAGCGUCGAUGGAAGGCCUUUCAGUAGCGUGUUAGAUAUCAUUUCUGAAUCUGAAUCCGAUUGAGAGAAACAAAAUCGGGUGUUGCUUAAAUUGUAUGGAGUUUUUAGGAGAGUCACCAACCCAAUAAGUUUCAUCAUAAAAUAGAAGUUUGUUGUCAUCUAUAUAUAUUAUUACAGCCUUGUAACUAUGCUAUUUACGAGAGCGAUUGAAUAAACUAGGAGUUGCUUGUUUGAGUU